UGACAGCCAAGCAGCCUAAUCCUCACAAAGACUAAAGGGAUUGGCAGGAUACAUUUUUCUCCGUGAGGAAAACAGUGCUUUUAUUUAUCACUGUCUUUUUUUGUUUCGUUGUUUUCAUUUUCUAUUACAACAUCAGCGGGGAAACCAGUAUUUUCAUCACGAAAUUUCUCUAUUACCCCAUACUGUUGACGUUUACGCUUCAACAAUGGAAUCUAUCCGCCCUCAGCGACUUCAACCAGGGAUAGGAUUUGGAGCUGGGUCGACUGGGACCCUACGGUCUUCUCUCCGGCCCGGGGUUACAAUGCCAACCGCACCUCUACUGCCUCCCCCGGCUUCUUUAUGUGCUUCCUCUGGGCCGCCUCCGCCGCUUCAACUGCACAGUCUUCACGGCACUAUUGGGAGUGCGGGGCUCGGAACAGGGAUGGCUGGAUUCGGUCUAUGUAAUCCAGGGAACCCGGCGGUCUUGAAGGAGGCGGUGGAGGCUGUUGUUCGGAGUUUUGCGAAGCAUACGCAGGGCUAUGGCAGAGUGAAUGUGGUGGAAGCCUUGCAAGAGUUCUGGCAGAUGAAGCAGUCAAGAGGGGCAGACCUCAGGAAUGGGGCGCUGGUGGUGUACGAGAUGGUCCCAUCAAACAACCCACCCUAUGUUUGCUACGUCAGUCUUCCAGGGGGAAGCUGCUUUGGGAGUUUCCAGUUUUGUCCAACCAAGGCUGAGGCAAGACGUAGUGCUGCCAAAAUCGCUCUGAUGAACUCGGUUUUCAACGAGCAUCCUUCCCGCCGCAUCACAGAUGACUUCAUUGAGAAGAGUGUAUGUGAGGCGCUGGCCUCCUUUAAUGGAAACCGAGAAGAGGCAGACAACCCCAGCACAGGUAUCGGGGCGUUUCGCUUCAUGCUGGAGUCCAACAAAGGAAAGUCAAUGCUGGAGUUUCAGGAAUUGAUGACAGUCUUUCAGCUGCUGCACUGGAAUGGAAGCCUUAAGGCCAUGAGAGAGAGACAAUGCUCCCGUCAGGAAGUGCUGGCUCACUACUCCCAUCGGGCGCUGGAUGAUGACAUGCGUACCCAAAUGGCUGCUGAUUGGGUGAACCGGGAGCAAGGCUUGGCUGGCACCAUCGCCCAGGAGGUGGCGGCAACAGAUCGAGAACUCGAGGAGGCCAGGCUGUCCGGCCAGGAGCUGCGCUUCCACAAGGAAAAGAAGGACAUCCUAAUGCUGGCUGUUGGCCAACUGGGUGCAGCCAACAAUGCCACCCUGCCUUCAACCUGCUAGGUAUACGCUGGAUUACAACCCCAUAACUUGAUUCACUUCUAUCUUCCCACAUUGACUUCCCCCUCGUGAUUCUCAAAAGUCUCCAUAGGUGAGGGAAACGUUCUAGUAACUCUGCAUAGCUUCCACUAUAUGGCUUUUACCUAUUCAGUCCGAUCAGAUCUGCCCGUUCAGAGUCAAGGGCAGAUGGAAGGAAGUUGGUUGUCAGUUUGGAAUCUGGCCUUAGAGAUGGAAUGAGUAACAGUGGCCAAUACCAUUGAUUGGAUAGAGGCUAGCAAGGCAGCCAUUUAGGAGCUUUGAAUUAUAAACAGUUAGUGUUUUUCCAGCCAGUGCAAACACACCUGAUUUAGCUAAUGAAAGUCUUGACAAUAAGUUGAUUAGUUGAAUCAGAUAUGUUAGCACUGGUUUAGAACAAAGUCUUGCACAUGCUAUGGGUCUUCGGGACCACGACUGAAAAAUUCUGUUACAUUAAAGUUUAAGUAAUUGAGGUCAUUUUGUGCUGCCAUAUUGUUGGGUUUGUGAAAUUCACAUGGAAUAAUGAACUGUUACCAUUCCUCUCAUUCCCUUUCUAUACUUGUAGAUAACUCAACCACAUGGGUGGAAUUGGGGUGGCAGCGUAGCCUAGUGGUUAGAGCGUUGGACUAGUAACCGGAAGGUUGCAAGUUUAAAUCCCCGAACUGACAAGGUACAAAUCUGUCGUUCUGCCCCUGAACAGGCAGUUAACCCACUGUUCCUAGGCCGUCAUUGAAAAUAAGAAUUUGUUCUUAACUGACUUGCCUAGUUAAAUAAAGGUAAAAAAAAAAAAAAAAAAAAAAAUGGGUGGAAUUAAAGCCCAGGACCUGCCUUUGCUAAUGAUUGUACAGGACAUAAUCUCAAGGAUAUUGUCACAGAAAGAUCUUACACACCAAAAUAGACCAAUGUCUGUCGCUUAAAUCUAUCUCACUAGAUUUUCUGCAUGAAGGACUUUGAAAGUUAUUUGAACAUUACAUCAUUUAAGCACAUACAGUUGAAGUCGGAAGUUUACAUACACCUUAGCCAAUUACAUUUAAAUUCCGUUUUUCACAAUUCCUGACAUUUAAUCAGAUUAGAAAUUCCUUAUUUUAGGUCAGUUAGGAUCACCACUUUAUUUUAAGAAUGUGAAAUGUCAGAAUAAUAGUAGAGAGAAUGAUUUAUUUCAGCUUUUAUUCAUUUAUUCACAUUCCCAGUGGGUCAGAAGUUUACAUACACUCAAGUAGUAUUUGGGAGCAUUGCCUUUAAAUUGUUUAAAUUGGGUCAAACGUGUCGGGUAGCCUUCCACAAGAUACCCACAAUAAAUUGUGUGAAUUUUGGCCCGUUCCUCCUGACACAGCUGGUGUAACUGAGUCAGGUUUGUAGGCCUCCUUGCUCGCACACGCUUUUUCAGUUCUGCCCACAAAUGUUCUGUAGGAUUGAGGUCAGGGCUUUGUGAUCACCACUCCAAUACCUUGACUUUGUUGUCCUUAAGCCAUUUUGCCACAACUUUGGAAGUAUGCGUGGGAUCAUUGUCGAUUCAGAAGACCCAUUUGCGAUCAAGCUUUAACUUCCUGGCUGAUGUCUUGAGAUGUUGUUGCAUUAUAUCCACAUAAUUGUCCAUCCUCAUGAUGCCAUCUAUUUUGUGAAGUGCACCAGUCCCUCCUGCAGCAAAGCACCCCCACAACAUGAUGCUACCACCCCCGUGCUUCACAGUUGGGAUGGUGUUCUUCGGCUUGCAAUUAUCCCCCGUUUUCCUCCAAACAUAAUGAUGGUCAUUAUGCCAAAACAGUCCUAUUUUUGUUUCAUCAGACCAGAGGACAUUUCUCAAAAAAGUAUGAUCUUUGUCCCCAUGUGCAGUUGCAAAGCAUAGUCUGGCUUUUUUAAUGGCAGUUUUGGAGCAGUGGCUUCUUCCUUGCUGAGCGGCUUUUCAGGUUAUGUCGAUAUAGGACUCGUUUUACUGUGGAUAUAGAUAAUUUUGUACCAGUUUCCUCCAGCAUCUUCACAAGGUCAUUUGCUGUUGUUCUGGGAUUGAUUUGCACUUUUCUCACCAAAGUACGUUCAUUUCUAGGAGACAGAAGGCGUCUCCUUCCUGAGUGGUAUGAUGGCUGCGUGGUCCCCUGGUGUUUAUACUUGCGUUCUAUUGUUUGUAAAGAUGAACGUGGUACUUUCUGGCAUUUGUAAAUUGCUCCCAAGGAUGAAGCAGACUUGUGGAGGUCUCCAAUUUUUUUUCUGAGGUCUUGGCUGAUUUCUUUUGAUUUCCCAAUGAUGUCAAGCAAAAAGGCACUGAGUUUGAAGGUAUGCCUUGAAAUACAUCCACAGGUACACUCAAAUGUCAAUUAGCCUAUCAGAAGCUUCUAAACCCUUUUACAAGCUGUUUAAAGGCACAGUCAAUUUAGUGUAUGUAAACUUCUGACCAACUGGAGUUGUGAUACAGUGAAUUAUAUGUGACAUCGUCUGUCUGUAAAGAAUUGUUGGGAAAAUGACUUGUGUCAUGCACAAAGUAGAUGUCCUAACCGACUUGCCAAAACUAUAGUUUGUUAACAAGAAAUUUGUGGAGUGGUUGAAAAACGAGUUUUAAUGACUCCAAACUUUGUGUAUGUAAACUUCCGACUUCAACUGUGUAUAUAUAUAUAUAUAUAUAUGUGUGUGUGUAUAUGUAUGUGUGUAUGCAUAUGUAUGUGUGUGUGUAUGAAUAGCUAUCACAUUACAGAUCUUAUAUACAGAUGUUGGAUCUUAAUUUGAUCACUCUUUUGUUGCUAAGAGUUUUCCUGCACUGCAGGAAAUGCAGAUGAGCUUCGUGAUUUACAUAAAUUCAAACUAACACACGGUUAUAUUAAUAGCAUUGCACUUUUCAUACUUUUGGCCAGAUAAUAGCCUAACCACUGAUCAAGAAUAUUAUGGACAAAAUGUUAAAAUCUUGUUGCUGCAGGAUUGUUUUGCUGUGAAAAUACAGGUCAAAUUAAGAUCCUAUAUCUGUAGAGUAUCUUAAGUGAUAGCCAGCCUUAUUUGCAAAGAAAGAACCGCUUCACUGAUUCAAACUGAUUUGCCUUGCUUUGCUUGUUAGAAUGGAUCAUUCACAAGAAUGUCAGUUAUCCAAGAGUGUUGGAAAAACUGGCCUUAAUGCAGCUUAAUGACUAAUCGUUCAGCGUUAUCAUUAAUUUUAAACUCUAUUAUUUGGCUAACACUUAAAGUAAUUUAGACGAUACUGAUAGGCGGAUUGACCAGUGCAUUGGCGUUAACAACUCUGUAAUGUGAAAAUUGUGUGCAAAACAAAAACAUAGCAUACACAGUGCACAAACGUAGUGUUUGUAGGAAUAUAUGGAUUACACUUUCCCCCUAACUACAAGUUACUCUCAAGGUAAAAAAAAAUCUAAUAUUGAGGCAUUUUGGCAGCAAUACGCUACCAUAGAUAAAUAAAAAGGACAAAAAAAUAAUUGUACAUUUUAAAUAAAUGUAUGGUGAGUUACCCAUGGUUUUUAUGGCAAUUGUCUGGCUACCAUUAACAUAUACAUUGUCAAAAAAAACGUUGUACUUCAGGAAUUAAGUUGUUUAAUGUUUGGUUCCCACUUUUAUAUAAAGUAUAACUAAAACUACCAAUCUUACCUGGUUGUAAUUACAUUAGCAGGUACAUUGUUCACAUUGUUGUAAGAGUACUGUUAUCUGUUUUAACCCAAUCAAUUUCAGUUUGUUGCAACAUUUUUACACAUGUAAUUUGUAUCCAGAUUGAUACAAUGUGUACCUACACUGAACCUGUCUGUGUAAUUACAAUGUAAUUACAUAUUUUUUGGUGUCAUUUAGCAGACACUCUAAUCCAGAGUGAUUUUCACUAGUGAGUGCAUACAUUUUCCGACUUUUUUUCAUACUGGUCCCCUGUGGGAAACGAACCCACAACCCUGGCGUUGCAAGCGCCAUGCUCUACCAACUGAGUUAUUAAGCGACACUUAAUAUAACGUGGGACUAACGUUUGAGUGUAAUUCCUUUUAACACAGACGGCAAUCUUUUUGUUAUUACCCUGCCUUCUAGUUAUCAAGAUGUGCAUGAUUCAUAAAUCCAUCAUAACAAAAUGUUAUCUAUAUAAACUUUGUUUGUUUUAUACUGUUCUUAUGUAUUUUAUAUGACCCGUUUUAAAUUGUUACUUUUUUACUCAGUGUAGGUUUGUAUUUCGAUUUAUAUACAUAAAAUGCAAUAAAGCAGUCAAAAACAA